AUGAGCAAGCCGGCAGGAUCAACAAGCCGGAUUUUAGACAUCCCUUGUAAAGUGUGUGGAGACCGCAGUUCCGGCAAGCAUUAUGGGGUUUACGCCUGCGAUGGCUGCUCGGGUUUUUUCAAGCGGAGCAUCCGAAGGAACAGGACCUAUGUCUGCAAAUCUGGAAACCAGGGAGGCUGUCCAGUGGACAAGACACACAGGAACCAAUGUAGGGCUUGUCGACUGAAGAAAUGCUUGGAAGUCAACAUGAAUAAAGAUGCUGUACAACAUGAAAGGGGACCAAGGACAUCCACAAUAAGGAAACAAGUAGCUCUCUAUUUCAGAGGACAUAAGGAAGAUAAUGGAGCCACCCCUCAUUUCCCCUCUGCAGCUCUACCUACCCCAGCUUUCUUCACUGCUGUUACACAACUGGAACCCCAUAAUUUAGAACUAGCUGCAGUUUCUACAACAUCAGAAAGACAGACUUUGGUGGGCUUGGCUCAACCAACUCCAAAGUAUCCACAUGAAGUCAGCGGUACUCCGAUGUAUCUCUAUGAAGUGGCUACUGAAUCUGUUUGUGAAUCAGCAGCAAGGCUUCUCUUCAUGAGCAUUAAGUGGGCCAAGAGUGUUCCAGCCUUUUCUACUCUGUCACUACAAGACCAGCUGAUGCUUUUGGAAGAUGCUUGGAGGGAACUGUUUGUUCUAGGAAUAGCACAAUGGGCCAUUCCAGUUGAUGCUAACACUCUACUGGCUGUAUCGGGCAUGAAUGGUGACAACACAGAUUCUCAGAAGCUGAAUAAGAUUAUCUCUGAAAUACAGGCAUUACAGGAGGUCGUGGCUAGAUUUAGACAACUUCGUUUAGAUGCUACAGAAUUUGCCUGUCUCAAAUGCAUUGUCACUUUUAAAGCUGUACCUACACAUAGUGGUUCUGAACUGAGAAGUUUUCGGAAUGCUGCUGCCAUUGCAGCUCUUCAAGAUGAAGCUCAGCUCACCCUGAACAGCUAUAUUCAUACCAGGUAUCCAACACAACCCUGUCGUUUUGGGAAACUCUUGUUGCUUUUGCCAGCUUUACGUUCAAUUAGUCCUUCAACAAUAGAAGAAGUAUUUUUCAAAAAAACCAUUGGAAAUGUGCCAAUUACAAGACUACUUUCAGAUAUGUACAAAUCCAGUGACAUUUAA